AUGGCUGCUGCCAUUGAGUCUGCAAGCUUUGGGGAGGAACAGCUUCCUAAUAAGAGAGAAACUAUGACCUGGAAGCCCAGAAAAGAAUGUCUGCUGAAGAAUAUUCCAAAUGUUCUUGAUAGUGAGUCUGAAGAAAGUGAAUUCUCCGAUAUCUCUCACAAUGAAAAUGAUGUCAGUGGCUCUCCUGUUGACCAUGUUCAUAUACAUCCUGAUCUGGAAAACUUGCGUGAUGAAGUCUCCAAUAUGCCUGAGGCUGUAGCUUUUCCAGAGCUGCAAACUGCUGCUGCAUACGAGGUGGAGGACUGGGAUAAAGAAUUGGAGGACUCUGAAUGUAAUCCUUACGAUGCUGGCGAUCUCCACUGUGGAAGCUUUCAGGAAAAUAAUCUUUUGGCCUCAUACUCAUGGCGAGAGGAUUCGUUUUACAACCCAGGCUGUCACCAUGCAGCUUGCCUUGCUUUUACGCCACCAGUUAGAAUGACUGAGACUGGCCAGUUUGAUGAUGCUGAUGAAUGAGGUUGACCCUGGUCAGACCUAA